AUGGAUAAGUUUCGGCUGGUUCUGAACAUUGCCAACAAGCAGUCCAACCUUGGUUUUGGACUGUUGGCCCUGUUGACAGCAGGAGGGGAGCAGAUUUUCUCCUCAGUGGCGUUCAGUUGUCCCUGCAAUGAGUUGAACUUCAUAUACGGUUUGAUGUUUCUUCUGGUACCCGGUCUGGCUCUGCUGCUGCUGGGUUAUGCCCUGAAUAAGAAGACAUGGAAGCUGUUGACAGGUUUGUGCCAGGGAAAGCUGUGCAGCUUCAAGAGGCUGAGAACUGCCGUGACAAUCCUCUUCCACCUCAACACCACAGCGCUGGUGGCACCUUUCACCUGGAUCGCUGUGGCUUUGCUCAGCGGCAACUACUAUGAGUGUCUGAUGACUGGGACCCAGAUUAGUCCAGUCCAACAUCUGUGUGAAAGAAACAACGCCAAGGUCCCGUGUGAGAACCUUCACAGGUUUCCCUGUAGAGAUGGCAGGGUACUGCAGACUGACAGAGAGAAUGUCCUGCUUGCCCUGAAAGCUCAGUCUCAGAUAUUGGGUUGGCUGCUCAUCGCCUCUGUCAUGUUGUCCAGCCUGCUGCUGACCUGUCUGGCUCGGUGCAGCUCCCCCAUCAGCUACCUGCAGCUCAAGUUCUGGAGGGCGUAUGCUCAGGAGGAGGACGAGCUUAUUGAAUCAUUCUCCGCGAAACACGCCGAAGAACUUGCCCAGAGGAACCUUCAGAGUUUCUUCAGCCGAAAACAAGCUGAACCCAUCAUCACCCCUUCCAACAAAGACUGGGAGAAGAUCUCCUCAAUCUACAAAUUUAGCACCAAAGGACAGUUCUACAGCACCUUGCACCGCUAUGUGGAGACACACCAGGAGUGUGAAGACGGGAUGAUGGCGAUGGCUUCCAUUGUGUCAAGCGAGUCUGGUGACGACCACCCGGCUGUUCUUCAAUUAGUAGACGACUGCACGAUUCCGGUGUGA